ACCCCGGCUGGGCUUCCAUCAACCGCGGGGUGCUCAUCUGCGACGAGUGCUGCAGCGUGCACCGCAGCCUGGGCCGCCACAUCUCCAUUGUCAAGCACCUGCGCCACAGCCCCUGGCCCGCCACCUUGCUCCAGAUGGUGCACACCUUGGCCAGCAAUGGGGCCAACUCCAUCUGGGAGCACUCACUGCUGGAUCCGGCCCAGGUGCAGAGCGGGCGCCGGAAGGCAAACCCCCAGGACAAAGUGCACCCCACCAAGUCGGAGUUCAUCCGUGCCAAGUACCAGAUGCUGGCCUUCGUCCACAAGCUGCCCUGCCGGGAUGACGAUGGCGUCACUGCCAAGGACCUCAGCAAGCAAUUGCACUCAAGCGUGCGGACAGGCAACCUGGAGACCUGCCUGCGCCUGCUCUCGCUGGGCGCCCAGGCCAACUUCUUCCACCCGGAGAAGGGCACCACGCCGCUGCACGUGGCUGCCAAGGCCGGGCAGAUCCUGCAGGCAGAGCUGCUGGUGGUCUACGGCGCCGACCCCGGGGCGCCCGAUGUGAACGGCCGGACCCCCAUCGACUAUGCCAGCCCGGCCGGGCUCAGCUCCCAGCCCCAGCAGGCUGGCCCCGCGCCUGCGUUCUGCCGGCUCUGCCGCUGGCCCCAGGCCCUGCAGCCCGCUCGCUCCGGGGGGGUCUGGCCCCCGCAGCCCCCGGGGUCUGACGCCGGGUGCCUGCCCGCAGUCUGGCUGACGACGCAGAACCAUAGCACGCUGGUGACAGAGCGCAGCGCCGUCCCCUUCCUCCCUGUCAACCCCGAGUACUCGGCCACACGCAACCAGGGCCGGCAGAAGCUGGCCAGGUUCAACGCCAGGGAGUUCGCCACCUUGCUCAUCGACAUCCUCGGGGAAGCCAAGCGCCGGCAGCAAGGGAAGAGUCUGCUGAGCCCCACAGACGCCCUCGAUUACUCGCUGCGGAGCCAGAGCGACCUGGACGACCAGCACGACUACGACAGUGUCGCCUCCGACGAGGACACGGACCAGGAGCUGCUGCGCAACGCCUCCCGCAACAACCGUGCCAGGAGCAUGGACUCCUCCGACCUCUCGGACGGCCCCAUCACGCUGCAGGAGUACCUGGAGGUGAAGAAGGCUCUGGCUGCCUCUGAGGCCAAGGUGCAGCAGCUGAUGAAGGUGAACAACAGCCUGAGCGAUGAGCUGCGUCGGCUGCAGCGUGAGAUCCAUAAGCUGCAGGCGGAGAACACACAGAUCCGGCAGCAGACAGGUCCCGUUCACCCAACCCCGGCCCCCAGCGAGCGGCCAGAGCACGGGCACCCCCCAGGCAUGGCCCCCCCGCACCGCCGGGACCGCCAGGCCUUCUCCAUGUACGAGCCAGGCUCAGCGCUGAAACCCUUUGGGCAGCCGGUGGAGGAGCUGGUGACGCGACUGCAGCCCUUCGGCACCGGCGAGGUGGAGGACGAGGCUCUGUACUCCAUGCACAUCCCGGCCAGCGUGUACCGGGUAAGGAGGCCGCAGCGGGGGCGGCUCCUGCAUGGGAUGUG